CGCCGCCGCUGCACAAAGCCGCGAGCCCGCGCCUGAGCCAUGUCCGCGUCGGCAGGCGGCGGCCACCAGCCCAGCCAGAGCCGCGCCAUCCCCACGCGGACCGUGGCCAUCAGCGACGCCGCGCAGCUACCUCAGGACUACUGUACCACGCCCGGGGGGACUCUGUUCUCCACCACGCCGGGAGGAACACGAAUCAUUUAUGACCGAAAGUUUCUGUUGGAUCGUCGCAAUUCUCCCAUGGCACAGACCCCGCCUUGCCAUCUGCCCAAUAUCCCUGGAGUCACCAGCCCUGGCACCUUAAUUGAAGACUCCAAAGUAGAAGUGAACAACUUGAACAACCUGAACAAUCAUGACAGGAAGCAUGCAGUUGGGGAUGAAGCGCAGUUUGAGAUGGACAUCUGACUGCAGCAGAGUCGAAGGAGGCUGGGGUGCAGCAGCCCGUGUGACCUGACUGGGCCAGCAGGAACGCAGUGAACCGAGAAGCAGCACAUCCCCGUCCCCUCCCCUCCCUCUGGGUGCCAAAUGAUGGGAGACAAGCUCCGUCUAACCACAUCUCCCCUGCCCCUGCCCAGUUAAGGUUAGGAUGAAAGCCCUUGAUUAGUCUGUGGAGCUGAGCGGUUGGUCCAUAGAGGAAAGCAAUCCCUGUAGCUUCCCUGGUCAUUUCCCAAGAGUCUUCCUGCCCCCGUCAGAUUUGCCCCAAGUCCAGGAACUCUCUAAGAUGCACCUCUGCUCGGGGUGUCUGGAGAGGGAAGGAGGUUGGGUGCCCAUUGCUCCUGUACAAUCUCCCUCUGGUGGUUCAGUGCUGGAUGUGAGGUCUUUAAACCAUUGGGGGAUGGUCAAACAAAUGAGCUGCUUGCCCUGUCCUGGGAGAUGUUUGUCCUCAGUACUGGAGCACAGCUCUAUACCUCUUGCACCCCUGACUGCAUUUUGGGGGCAUGUGGCAUCAGCCUCCCUUUCCUCUGGGAGGAAGGCUUCUGUCCUGAGUGGGAUGGCUCAUCUCCCCGGCCUUUUACCUAAUUCAUUGGCACGGGUAUUUUUAAGCCCUCUUCCUGGAGAGACCCCUGGGUGAUCAGCUGGUCUUUGUGUCUGCCAUUCUUCCCGGCUGCACCGUGCAGGCAGAGUCGUCUUCUCGCUGAGACACCUGUGACUGUUGUCUGCUCCCAGAGCAGUCAUUUGAAGUGCUUUGGCCCCCGCCUGCUGGGGACAGCCGGUCACAGCGGGCUGCCUGAGAAUGCCCAACUGUGGCCAGCCUCAGCAGGCACGGUUUAAACCUGAGAGACCUUAGCAUCUUUGCUGUCCUGCAGUUUAUUAUAUUUUGAGUUUAAAGUUGACCCUUCCCGCCCCUGUGUGUUCCCCCCUCCUUUGAAUCUGCUUUGUGCUUGGCUGCCAAGAGAGGAGUAUGGGCUAAAAAAAUGCGUUCCUCCCCGCUUCUUUACCCUCCUCAUCGUAGUCCAUCCUUCUUCUUCCCUUCCUCUUCUCUCCUUCCUUUUUCCCUCACUCUCCUUCUGGUUCAUCCACCGGGCAUUUUCCAAAUCUGCGUCAAAGAUACCUCCCAUGUUGGUAUCUAAGAAUAUCUGUCUCUUCUCUUAUCAGAGGAGGGACCUUUUAUUUUUAAGAUGACUACAGACCUAUUUUUAGAUAAGUUUUCAGUACAAUUUUGAACUGCAACUUUUUUAACAAAAACAUCUUCCAGUAUUAGGAAGGUUAUUAAAAAAAAAUGUUCCUAGGCAAGUCUGCUGUCUUCACUGUCCUUUGUCUCUCAUAGUUCCUUCUGAGCGCUUCCCUGUGCUCUCAAGUUUGGGGGGCUAUUGGAGUGUAGAGUGGGUGGUGUGUGAAACUGGACCAGUUUGCCUUGCUAUGAGUUGUUGAAGAAAACUUCAUCCUUUCCUUUACCUUUUUGCUCUCUUGCUCCUCCUCCCGUCCCACUCUCCUGGUACUGUGGACCCACGUGGAGAUCCCAGGAGAGAGCUCCUCCCCCCCCCAGACAGGCUGGUGAGUCCUCCUAAAGAAAGACAGGGAAGCAGCCACUGGUGUCCUGGUUGUUUCUGGUUGUAUUGGAUGCCUGUCUAAGCCCUCUUAGUAAGAUUUCAGAUCCCCGAUGGCUGGGAAAGAAAGCUGUGUGUUUUUCCUUUGAACCAUGGAAAGACCCUGUUUUGUGAAUACUUUAGGAAAAAGGAAGGAAGGACAUCUGCAGAACUUGGUUCUAGUUUCUGCCACACAAUGUGAAUAGCUCGGACUGCAACCCUCCGUGACGGUCGCUGUCUCAGGAAUAAGCUGGGUCUCCAAUGUUUGGGGAUUCUUGGAGUCUCCAAGUUGAUAAUCAGAAGAGUUUUAUUUCUUUGUUAAAUGUAUCUGUUGUGUUUUUAAUUAAACUCCAAAUUUCAUUUUAUGGAGUCUUGGGAAAACUUAAGUUGUGCUGCCAUUGGCUUAUAUAAGCAGCUUGCUCAGGACCUCUGUACCCUGGAGCUUCAUUCUUCGGGAGCAAGGCUCAUGGUUCUUCGCACGUUGGUGGUGGCACUCUGGACUCACUCCAGCUGAAGGGAGGAGGUGUGAGUGUCAGAAGAAUAUCCCUUCCUGCAGCAGAGUGCCUUCCUGGACUCACAGCUGGGAAGGGAGUUGAGACAUGGGAAUUGAGUAGGAUCGCGACACCUCCCCUUUUCUUGUCAUCCCCCCUCAAUCAGAAGACAUGUCUCGUAUUCCUUGGAGUGUCACCUGCGUGGUGCAGGAUCCUCUUAGCCUUAUGUCCUCUGCCGGGACCCCUCACUGUUGGGUGCAGGCCUUGUAUGAAGGACGCCAUUGCUCAUUCUUUGACCUCCAUAAAUCAGCAUUGUAGGAGAAUUGCACAAGACAUGAAAUAAGCUCCCAACAGAUGGUAUCUUUGUGCUGUGCCUCAUGAGCCAUUUUCUAGUAAGCAGGGCCCAGUGGGGCUUCACCUCUGGGUGGUCAAAAAGCCUCACAGCUGGAGCCCCAAAUGGAGGACAGAGUCUUAAUCUGCCAGCCUCCCUCCUACCUGAGUGAGACUUAUUUAAAUCAUAGUAACCAUCUGUGCUUUCUAUGAAGGAUGUGUUUCUGCACUUGGGACAAUCAACCUAGAUGAGGAAGAACCUCCAUAGCAGGAGACACACCAGCAGUGCCCUUCCUUCAGAGUUCCCAGCCCUCAUGGUCUGCUGAAAUAGGUGUUUCCUUGCCUUCUCCAGGGCCCUGGAGUGGAAAAGCUGACUUCUAGGCAAGAGUCUGUCCUGCCUGCUUGAGUUAUCUAUUGCUGUGUAACAAAUCACCUGCAAGAGUCUGUCCUGCCUGUCUGAGUCCUCUGUUGCUGUGUAACAAACCCUGCAGCUCAGUGUUUCACAGGAGUCACUGUCUCUGAACUAGGUCGGGGGCUGCUCUCCUCUGGAGCUGGAGAAUCCCACUUCCAUACUUUGUUUUUGUGGUUGUCAGCAGGGGGCCGUCCUUGGUCACCCCCCAUGUGGGUCUCUAGCUAUCCUGCCCUAGCAUCUGGCUUCCUCCUGAGUGACUGAUCCCAGAGAAGGAGGUGGGUAAGAAGAAAGUCGCAGUGCCUUUAAACCACCAUACCCCACCAGGAGGAAAACGUCCUCGGGAAGGUGGGGAUAUUCACAGCCACAAGCUGGGUGCACAUUGCUCUCCAAACAGCCCCUAAGGUAGGACCAAAGGGGGGUAAAAGACAGACUUCUCUUUCCCCAAGGCUGCCUGUGUGUCUUCAGAGAGGCUGCAGGAAAUGAGGAUUCCCAGAUCCCUUGCAUCCUUGUCUGUCUGCCUGUCUUCCUUUAGCCAAGAGUUGACAGAAGGGCCUGGGGGCCUUCCCGUGCAGCCACACAGGCCUUCUCGACUGGAGCAGGGCUUGUCAGAGGACACAGAGGGCUCUAGAUGUUAGGAUCAAGAGCUGCAGAACAGAAAGUAGAUCCUGUUCCUGGUCCGUGCAUUGGUCACGGUGUCCCGCCCGCCCACCCACCCACCCGGAGUAGCGUCUCCAUAAGCCAGGAGCACCUGAGAAUGCACUCGUCUGUGAACUUGAUCGCCUUGUCAGUGCAGCAUGCAGAGUAAAUAACCUGUUGCCUCCUGGGCACUUGGCUGCAAAGUGUGCUCUUGAAAAGAAGCAGUCUUGUUUUCACCCGUGGGGGAAGCUUAAGAGGUAGCUCCCCCGUGCCUCGGGGCUCAUGGAGUGGCGACUCGUUCCCGCCAGCCAUUCUCCCGUCCUUGGAUGGAGGCUUGUGUGAAUUGGCGCUCUGUCCUCACUAGCGUUUCUUUCUGUAGCCAUGCUUGCUUUAGUGUGUACUUCAGGUACUGGUGGUGACUUUCCUUCGCAUCUGAGGAGGGUGGGGGAUGGGAGCUUUGUGUUACUGUCUCCUUGGGCCUCUCAGACCUUGGCAGUUCAGUUGGCUUCCACUGAAAGUCCACCCGGCCUGCUUGUACAGACUGCCACUGUGAGUUGGGGCAGGAGUGUACCAGGCUCAGGUGUUGGCAGCCACGUAUCGGGGAUGGAGCCUCCUUCCCAUCUCCAUCUUGGGUGCUGGCUGCUUGAGGUGGGUGUGUGUGGUGUAACCCUUCUUAGUCCCUCUAGAGGAAAGGUACCACUGUCUUCUGUAGUUCAAGUUCUUUGGUGUGUUUUCUGGACUCCAUGCCCACGGCAGCUAUUUAUUAAUCUGCGAAAACCCAAUCACUGACCCAUCCUUACCAUGGAAGGUGGGAUUUGUAGUGGAGGCAUAUCAUUUCUUCCUGGGGUGGAGGGUUCUGUCUGAACUUCUGAGUAGGGCACGAUUACCUACGGCUCCUUGCCUCACCUUUUAGGGGCGGGAUUCUGGUUCCUGUAGUUGAGGACAUGCUUCUGGCUUUGGUGAUGGGUCUCCACGUCAGUGGUGGACUUUAUUGAAGCUAGCUCACAGAAACUUGACUGAAGUCUGUAAGGAUGACUGGCAGGUCUUUGUUUUCCCAGUUGGUCAAUGAAGAUACCUUCCCCACCCUCGGAAACUGUAGCUGUCUCUUAGGCAGGUCCUGGAAGCUGCUGCCUCUUGGCAGAGCUUAGCUUUCAAAGUCUUGGGGUGGUCUGUGGUCUCUGCUCAGUUCUUCCUGCAGCCCUAGUGGCCAUCCUGUGUGCCCAGUGGAAGAGACUACUGAGCUGAAACAGUUCCCAGCCGAUAGGAACUCGGGUUGACCUUUCAGCGGUGGAGGGGUGACAGAGGCCGAGUGCUUGCUAGACACUUGGCUGUGCAGAUCUUGCCAAAGGAGCUCCUGCCAGGGCUUCCGACCCAAACCCAGGGCAUUGCAAACUUAGAGAAUUCCAUGAAUCCAGCACAGAAUGCCCAUUUUUGCCUCUCUAUACCCCCUUCCUUUCCGUUUCAGUCUUAAGAACUGCCCAGCCCAGGCCUGGGGGUUCUGACUGGAGGGCAGGACAGUGGGGACACCAGCAGGAGGUAAGGGCCAGCGGGACCACACUGGCUCACGCCAAGCCUUUGCCCCACUUCAUGGCACCUGGGCCAGCUCCAGUAAGCCUUAAAGAAGGCAACUCGAAGAGCCCCAAGGACUCCAAUUCCAGUUGUCCAUUUUCAGAAUCUGUGUUUGCAGAUAGACCCGACCCUCUUCCCUGCUGCAGUCUUAACCAUGUGGGAUGGAAUCUUUCCUUGGUCCUUCACUUUGUUCCCCUGGUGUGCUCUCCCCUCCCUCCCCUCCCUUCAUUCACUGUCAGCAAUGGUUAGUGGGAGGUUCCAUGCACCCCUAAGACAGUCCUGUGGGAGUCCAUUGCCAGUUUGUUUUCUUCUGUCCUUCCAAGCUAGCAGGUGUUUGGAACCAGGGAAAAAUUCCCACCAACUGUUGCUGUUACAGUUAAAUAAAGACCUUGAAUAUUGA